GCUUUUCUGGUCCUCAAUCUUUCUUCCUACUUUGCCUCUCGAGCUGCCUUUGUCUCCCUGGCAGCGGACUUCAACUGUGUACACGCUGAAACCGCCUUCGAAAGAACCAACGAAGACGCUCUCCUCGCUCCUUGUCUACUGCUGAUGUUGCCAUGCAGACCUCCAGAUCUUUCAACACUGCUUCGUCUUCGUCUCUUCGAUAUCUUCAUGGACCGCCGCCUUUACCUCUGCCGACGCAAUCGUCCAGCUGCUCAACUGCUCCCACUUCUCCCAUCCCGGAGACCUCCACCAAGCCUGCGGACCAUGCCCUGAGUGUCUUGCCGUCAUCCUCUUCCUUUGUCAGAUCCCAAGCGGCGUCCUUCGAGCGACGCAUCAGGCAUCAUACGAAGAGCUUGGAGAGCAAGAAGCCCGCCUUCGUGCCACCUGUUCCGCCGUUGCCGUCCAGUUCCACGCAUCUCAGGAGCCCUUGCUCUCCUCGGACGAUCAACGUCAGCUCGUACGGCGAACAAGCAGCCGUGCUGACUUCUUCGCCUACACCUAUGAAACAGUCAACAGAUUCAGCACUGCCCACUCGCAAAUCGACCGUACGCAAGAAGCCAGCACCACCUGUCUCUCCUUCUCUUCAUGCCGAACUCUACAAGACUCCCAAAGCAAAGAAGUCUUCGCCGCUGCCAGUCCCGUGGGCGCCUUCCAGGGCCUUGCCGCCAAGGGACGAAGUGUGGGGCAUCAAUUCGAGCACGCUCAGUCUUGGACUUGGCAUUCGCUUCGAUGAAGAUAACAAUGAGCGCGCUUACGUGCUUGGACAGGAGGAUGAACCUACUGGCACUGACUCUCGGGUGCCAGACACCCAAGAGCCCGCUGACUCUCCCCCACGGGCCGGCCAUGUUGACAACGUUGAACGUAGCAGUACACCACCCAAUGCAGCUGUCUUAGUUCAAGAUGAGAAAGCAAAUGCGGAGCCUCUCCCCGCUAGUGGACGCUCUACUACUCCUCUCCCUUCCACCACGAGCGACUCAUACGAUCUUGCCCUCCUGGAAGUCGAUCGAGCCUUCCAUGCUCGUAUAGAGUUGAGCUUGCGAGAGCCAGGCGCAGCCACCGAAUCAGGAGCCGUGGAGAGGCCAAUCAGAAGAGGAGCUUCCUCCAUCACCCUGGGACGAGCUCGAUCUCUCAGACAGACCUCCCUCAGGGCUGCAGAGACGUCGACUAGGUCCGCUUCCCUCAAUGUCCCUUCACGCUCCUCGCCCGCUGUCUCUCAGUGGCUUACCAACACCCAGGCAUGUGCAGAGUCGAGGGAGAUCGGGGUACAACGCGCUACUGGAGAUGAGGUAGACGACCCUCCUCCGAUCACCUCUUCGAACGAUGGCGCUGUCCGUCGACCGCCCACUUCGAGCGUAGAGUCCACUCGUCGCUGGGAGGAGUCGAGACCUACACCCGCACUCACACGAACACGAACGUCCUCACUUGCAAGCCCGUCUCUCUUCCGCAACAAGAGUCUCUCGGCGCUCAAGAGGACUCUCUCCCGCUCUCGUACCUCGCAGAAGCAGCAGCCAGACUGUGGGCUUCCAGUCGAAAAGGAUCCACCUCCCAUGCCAGAGGCCACGAUGGCUGAUGGUGGCACAACACCCAAAGGAGUGGAGACGCCCAAGCGACGAGCCACGCUGAAGCGCUUGCGACCCCAGCAGAAGCAGUGGUGGGAACACACAAUCGUCGUAGUCGGCGCAGCUGGUCCUGGCGCUUUCUAUUGAGCCGGGUAGGCUUUUGAGACUACUUUACCCCUGCCCCCCUCCUCCGGUCCCCUUUUUCCCCUUGCUUCAGAGCUCAUCGCGCCCAUUUCCUCCCCUUUUCGUCUUCAUUUGCAUAUCUUGUC